AGAAUUUAGAGUGCGCGAGAUAAUGUCAUCCGGGACCAUCGUUAUGGACCAAGAUGACUUGGACCCGGAGGCUUCGGAUUCUCUUAUCCACGGGAUUCACGGAGCGCACCGGGCCAGGCCGUCCUCUUACCGGGCGCUGCGCAGCGCCGUGUCCAGCCUGGCGCGAAUAGAUGACUUUAUCUGCGAGAAGAUCGGCUCAGGUUUCUUCUCAGAGGUUUUCAAGGUGCAGCAUCGUAUCACCGGGCAGGUGAUGGCUCUGAAGAUGAACACCAUGGCCAGUAACAGAGCCAACAUGCUGAAGGAGGUACAGCUGAUGAACCGCCUCAGACAUCCCAACAUACUCAGGUUUGUGGGAGUUUGUGUACAUGAGGGACACCUUCAUGCCCUGACAGAGUACAUUAAUGGCGGUAACCUGGAGCAGCUGCUGAACAGUGACGUGUUCCUGUCCUGGGCUGUGAGAAUAAACCUCAGUCUGGACAUUGCCAGAGGACUGCAGUACCUUCACAGCAAGGGCAUAUUUCACAGAGACCUUACGUCAAAGAACUGUCUGGUACGCUGGGAGAACGGGCAGUGCAGUGCCGUGGUGGGGGACUUUGGCCUGGCGGAGAAAAUUCCUGAUCACAGUGAUGAGGCAGGGAAAGAGAGCUUGGCUGUCGUCGGCUCCCCCUACUGGAUGGCUCCGGAGGUGCUCAGAGGAGAACAUUACAAUGAAAAGGUAGAUGUAUUUGCCUACGGAAUCAUUCUCUGUGAGAUUAUUGGUCGGAUACAGGCGGAUCCUGACUUCCUCCCACGGACAGAGGACUUCGGUCUGGAUGUGGAGGCCUUUCGGCAGAUGGUGGGAGACUGUCCACCUCAUUUCUUUAACCUCACAGUCGUCUGCUGCAGUAUGAACCCAGACAGUCGACCCUCAUUCACAGAGGUGGUGGCAGAGCUGGAGAAGAGAGUGAGUGAUCGAGAGCAGAGUGAAUUUAUGGAGCCUGAUGUAGAGGACCGGUUGUCAACAAACACAUCGCCUUUGAGUCAGAAGCAUUCUCUAGACAUUCCUGUCUACCAGCGUCUCUGCCGUAGCAAUUCAGACGUGCUUCUCCCUCCGUCCCCUCUCCUGACUCAGACCACACCGAUACGUGUCAACCCCUUCUCCCAGCGCCAAGACCUCAACGGCGGCCGCAUCAAGCUCUUCGACACCCCCAGCAAGUCUGUUAUUUCCCUCACCUUUGCUCUCCCUCCACUUCCUGACCCCAGCAGCCCUGUCUCCGCUGACAAGGGCCCGCCCCAUUUUCACAGACGCUGUCAAUCACUGCCCUGCACGCCAGAAGACAUCCAGUCUUUACGUGGCACUGGUGACAAGGAGAAAUGCGAGAAUAAUCGAAGUGUUAUGGACACGGAUGUAAAUCCAGUCAGUGGAAAUAUGUUGGACAUGGGGAGGGACAGUGUGUUGACCACGAGCAACGAGAGUAUUGCUGAUCUGCCUAAUAUUAGUGAGCUUGUUGAUGCACCUGUUGAGAACGACAAGGAGAAUCUUGAAAUGAGAAGUCAAGAAAAUGUAGCUGAUGACUCCGGUCUCCUGUUAGAUCUAGAGUUGAUGUCUCCAAACAAAUCAGUGUUAGAGGAGAAUGUUGUGGAGCCUAUGGACUGCACCAGCUCUCCUGAUACACAAGAUGGCGCCGGUGCUACUUCAACCAAACCCUUCUCCAAUGGCUGGAGCUCCCCGAUCUCCAACGAACCGCCCUCUUUACCUCCGUUACUAGACACGGACAACAACAACAGCAGCGUCCCUAUAAAUCGAUCUCUGGGAUGGGAGGAUAACAACUCCAACGGUGCCACUACGCCUCUUACAUCUCCGGAACAGGAUGAGGUCAUAUCCUGUCCGGGUUGCUGCCUGGCAGGGAUGAGAUUCCCUUCCAUUUGCGCACGUGGACCUCGGCAAAACCCCUACAAGAACUUGAAUGGCGACGCGGCUGGGAAAAGGCUUCUGUGCAAAGCAUUGCCGCCCUCGCCCACAGAUCCAAACAUUGCUCUGCCUGGCACACGGACAUAAAUUAUACCUGCAUGGUGAAGCGCUACAUUUAAAAAGGAUGCUACUGCUUAAUGCACUUGAACUGAGAUCGAGCUCAAAAAUGUCUUUCUGGGGAGGAAAAAAAAAUCUUAUGUAUUAUUGUUUUGACUAGGUGGAUCAUUUAGUAUUCUGAUCUCAUGUCCUAGUCCUCUAAACUUGAACACUCCCAUAGGUUUUAAUGCCUUUCUAAUGACACAUGUUGUUAAUAUUUUUGUUAUUUUUACUAUUAUUUGAAAGUUUAUGAGAAUACUUUGAGUGGAGAAAAAAAAUGAUGUAUUAUUUUAUUAAUGACAUUAAAUGACAUGAGCUAA